AGUCACCUGAUCCCACCACCUGCCGGGUCACAUGACUUGCUGGUCUGGAACUCAGUUCGCCGGAGCGGUUUAAGAGAGCGGCGGGAGGUGUAGCGUUCUCUUCCUCCGUUGCAGCCCAUCCUUUUGCUCAAAGAUUUCCUUCUCUUCCUUCCCUUCCGCAAACCCUGUCACGGAAGUGCGAGGAGCUACCGCCCUCACUGACAGCCGAAGUCCCUUGGGGCUGCCUCCCACCUAGUCGUCCUCCGCUGCGACCACCCUUCAGCUUAACCGCGUUCCUGUUCCUGCCCCCGCCGAGCUGCGCUCAUGGCCCGAUUCUGGGUUUGCGUGGGGACCGCCACCUUUUUCCUGGCUCUUUUGGUUUUCCAUUCCCGCUUCUGCAGGUCGCCGGGCUUAGGAACCUUUGCUUUUUUUGUUUCCUGGAGGACAGAGAAACCUCUUUACCAUUUGGAUAUAGGCUGGCCUAAACAUCCAGAGUACUUCACUGGCACAACAUUUUGUGUUGCAGUAGACUCCCUUAAAGGAUUGGUGUAUGUAGCACAGAGAGGGGAUAACAUGCCAAAGGUAUUAGUGUUCACAGAGGAUGGAUAUUUCCUACGAGCCUGGAAUGACACUGUUGACACACCUCAUGGUAUCUUUGCAAGCAGUACCCAAUAUGAACAGUCAAUCUGGAUCACGGAUGUAGGAAGUGGAUCCUAUGGACAUACAGUGAAAAAAUACAACUCCUUUGGUGAUCUCAUUCAAGUUCUGGGUACCCCAGGCAAAAAAGGGACUGGCAUAAACCCAAUCCAGUUUGAUAACCCAGCAGAGAUAUAUGUGGAAAACACUGGAGAAAUUUACCUUGUGGAUGGAGAUGGAGGACUGAAUAACAGACUGCUUAAAUUGACCCAAGAUUUUGUGAUGGAGUGGAUUCGUGGGGAAAAUGGAACAGGUCCAGGUCAAUUCAACAUUCCACAUAGUGUAACAGUUGAUUCAACUGGUCGGGUAUGGGUUGCUGACAGAGGAAACAAAAGAAUCCAAGUAUUUGAUAAAAAUACAGGGGAGUGGUUGGGAUCAUGGAGUGAUUGUUUCAAAGAAGAUGGUCCUUAUUCUGUCAGGUUUACUCCUGAUGAGAAAUACCUCAUUGUUGCACAGUUGAAUAUCGACAGGCUCACUAUAUUAUCUGCACCCCCUGUGGGGAACAUUGGGGACUGUGUUGUGGUAAGCACAGUUCAGCUAGCCAGUGAAGUGUCACCACAUCUUAUGGAUGUUGAUAGGAUGACUGGAGCGAUCUAUGUGGCAGAACUGGGGGCACAACAAGUUCAGAAAUACAUCCCUUUAAAAUAAAUAACUAUCUUCCUUCACUUGGAUAUUCAUAAAUUUACUUUUCCCAGGGAUUGACAUAUGUUUCUAUGAAAAGCUUUUGUGAUUUUCUCAUUAAUGACUAAAUAUUCGUGUAAGAAUUUAGUGUUCUGGCAUAUUCUUUUUAAAAAGUGUUUCAGGAAGCUUUAUGUUUUUAGUAAUAAUCAUUGAAUCCAGAUUUUUUUUUUUGGUACCAUCACAUGUUAGCUUUUUUUGCUUCUGAAUAAAGGGCACUUUAAGGGAGAAAAUGUGAUUCCAAAGAAUUGGGAUAAAAUGGUGUACAGCAUUUUGAUGUUAAACUAAAUAGCUUUCCCAUGGAAGGUUGCCUUUGGGGUGGGGAAGUAAUGAUAUAGAUAUAAGAGUUGAAGGAUAGUUUUAAAGGCUUUUUCAAAAACAAGCUGCAAGCCUCAAACUGAUAUGAUCCAUACAGUGAAUGGCAAGGGAGAUUGUUAGGCAGGAGACAUGGAUUUUAGGACAUCAGAAGCAUGCCAUUGAGCUCAUUUUCUAUGGCUGUGAACUAUAUCAUUUCAUUUUUUAAUUUAAUAAUAUAGUAGUACCUAUGCACUUUACCACUAAACAUGGUUGUGAGCUUUUGCUUCUUAGGCCCUUAGUAAAUGUGGAGGGUAUAAAAGAAUACGUGUACCUCAGGGAGGUGUUGGAAGAAUUAAUAUGCUGGUGUUUGCCAAAACGUUUGAGUUGCUGAGAUCAAUGUCUUUUUUUUUUCUCUUUCUAUGUUUCUGUUCCUGUAUCAUUCUUUCAUGUGAUCUACCAGCUUAAUUAUAACCAAUCCUCAGUUCUUGUUUAUGCCAGUACUUGAUACUACAUUGGCAUAUUUCUCAGUUAACCACCUUUUCCUGUUAUCAUAUACUUCCUACAUUACUGGGCAAUAUUGAUUAUCUACCUCGAAUUAGUUAUAGCACAUGUUUACUCUUAGGGUGUUUUCCCUCACAAGUCAUCACAUACCCCAGCCAGCCACCCUCUGAGACCUCUGUUAGUUUUUCAGAAUUCUAGUUCAUUUCAAUGUUGGCCUAAGUAAAAUAUAAUUAACAAAUUAAAUCUCUCCGCAGAAAUCACAUAAUGUACUUGAAAGGCAAAUACAAAUGAUUUUGUGAUUAUCCAUGCUACUCUAGUAAUCCUAAGUUAAGUGUUUAUGGGUCAGCAUUUUGUUUGCUUUCUCUGUACUUUAUUUUGGUAUGUCCUUUGGAAUAUAAUUUGUACAAAGCCAGGGACUGGAUGAUUUAGAAGCUCACUUCUGUUAUUUGGCACUUUGUACAGUAGCUCUCUUUAUAACUAUCUUAUAACUUUCAUAGUUGAACUUUUGGUAGUCAUCAGCACCGCUGGCACCACAAUCAUUUUUGUGCACAGGGCACUUUUUUCCUCUGUAUAAUGAUCUGGCAUAAAGUCAUACAAGGGUUGUUUUUCCAAUCAGCUUAAGGGCAUCCUGGAUGCUACUGGAGUAGUUUAAUUUACUGUAGCUUCCUUGAUUACCUAGGAACAAUGUCAAUAAGUAGGAAGCGAUACAGUAUAAUUUCUGACUUACCAGACUAACCUGGUGACAUACUAACCAUGUGACUAACGGCACAGACUCACAGUAGUUGUAUGGCUAUAAGCAAUUCAUUUAUCCUUACUCAGCCUCAAUUUCCUCAUAAAGAAAAUGAAAAUAAUGAUAUUUUUACUACCUACCUCAAAAGGUUGUUGUGAAUAAAAUGUUUUGUAAACCCUAAAACCCUAUAGAAAUUUUGGUGAAUUAUUCCUAGAUUAUCUUUGGAAAUUAUUGUGGCCAGAAUACUGUUGAUAACCUAUAAAUUGACUCCAUUACUGUAAUACAGACACAUGAUUUUUGAGAAUGUAAAUAUGGGUGAUUUUUUUGUGAGUCAUCAUUCUUUAGUGCCAUAGUCAAAUUUAGAACUUUAUAAGCACAAGACCUAGGAUCUGGAGACCUAAAUUUAUUCCUGACUAUCAUUUUAACCAGCUUUUGUGACUUUGAACAAGUUACUUCUUUAAAUCUUUUCCUUCUCUGUCAAAUGAGUCAUAGGAUUGUGGCUGUCAUGAAAUAAUAUCUGCCCUCCUACUUUGGAAGAAUGUUGUUUGGGCCAAAUGAUACCAUGUAGAUAAGAAAAGCACUUUGAGAAGUUUUAAAGCACAUGUGCAUCUAUGCAAACAAAAAGAUUUUGUUAGUAUGUGAAUAAAUAAUAUUAAUGCCAUGUCAUUGGUAUCUAGUAAUUUGUGGGUAUUCAUUUGCUUUUAUUGCUUUCAUCAAUAUGAGCCCCUCUCUCAGCCUCAGUAUCGUUAUCUGUAAAAUAGGGGUGUUAAUAAUACCUUUAAUAUUUCUCUCAACGGGGUUGUUGAGGAUCAAAUGACAUAAUAAAUGCCAGUUAUCUCAUUUUGAAAUCUGUAUACGGAUAAAUGCUUGUUGAUUGAUUUUGGAGGGGUUGGUUUGACUUUUGUUAAAGGGGGAGGGUUUGGUUAACUACUCAUUUGUAAUUCUCACAUUUGAAAUUGUAAACCAGAUUUCUACAGAUAACUUGCUAAUAAAACUUUUUUAAAUCAA